GCACAUGGCGGCCAAUGGUCAGAGUGAGUCGCCCUUGUGUGCCCUGGUUCGAUCUAUCCCGGCGCGCCUCAACGCGCCAAGGUCUGCGCCCUGCUAUUGCAUCGAUUCUGCUAUGCGGUUGCUUGAUCGGCAACCGUUACCUUUCUUACGAGAGAAGGUCCGGCGCGGAGCGCGUCAUGGAACAGACGCGCGACCGCUCUGCGCCAAACACCAUUGCCAUGUCCCUUUGCGAAUAUGACGGCUGACUCUUUGACGACAGUGGCAGGAUACCAGCAACAAUUCCCUGGCUCGCCUUAUGGGCAAGUCGUUACCUCAUCGGCCGGUCCACAGGGCUUCGCUCCCAACUACAUGAUGGCCGCUGGCAUGCAAGGCUUCCCGAUGAACCAAGCGGGAAUGCAACAGCAACCUCAGAUGAUGCAACGUAUGCCUCAGCAGUCGCAACAACAACCGCAACAGCUUCCAAACCCAGCGGCGAUGGGCCAAGUCGGUACCCCUCAACGACCUCCGAGCGCCGCCCAGGGCACGCCUAACAACGCCGUGCCUUCGCAACCGGGACAGUUCUCGACGCCGCAACCCCCUUCACAAGGCCAAACUCCGACGAACCAACAGCCACCGUCUGCUGGGAUAUCGACGCCGCAAACCCCGACCUUCUCCGCGAACCAGGGAGUAGUCACGAAUGGGGGCUCAGCUGUGGUAACCCCUCUGAGCCCAGGGACGGAGUCACGAGACAAGGAGCGCUUUGCCCUUCUACUGGACAUCAACCACGAAUUGCUGUACGAGUCGAUUCAGAUCCAGGCCACACAACAAGAGUUGAAAAAGGAACAUGCGGAUGCCAACGGAGGAGACAAGAAACCAACAGAGGAAGAAACCUUGUUUCAACAAGAUUAUCUGCAAUGCAUGAGGCGGUUACAGGCCAAUCUUUCAUACAUGGCAGCCUUGGCAGAUAGGAAGCCCGAGGUCAAGGUGCCUCCUUGUCCAGCGUAUCUCAGCGCCCCUCCACUCAACCUCUCACUCAAGCUCCGGGCCAUGGCUGCCCCCCCCGAUGCCCCGGAGAGCAAGGUCGACCCGGUGGCUGACAGAGAGGACCGUGAUAAGAGCAUCAAGGAUCUGUACAUGAGGUUACAGGCUGUGUUCCCUGGAUUCGACCCUAAGAAAGAACCGCUCUACCGUAUGCCACCACAGACAGGCGGACCCCAAGGCCAGAAACCUGGCAACCCGGGAAUGAGCCAGGCUAGCCCGACAGGCCAUAAGACACCUCAAAUGACAAACAUGCCAGCGCCGCAGAUGCACCACCCUGGCAUGCCCUCAUAGUGGAUCUGGAUCUUCAUCUUUAUCUUCAUGUCAAGGGUUGAGACCGUGUGUAUAUAUGAUGGGACGGUUCAUAGACGCCGCGAUUCCGGGAGCUGGAUGAGUGGGUCAUAACGGGCAUUACGGGCAUUACGGGUGUCUGGGAGGUGUUGGUCUGCAUGAGCCAUGUUUCGAAAAGAGAGCAUCUGUGUCAGCCAAGCCCCAGUACUGGAAUCUAGGACUAGUGCACCAAUUCCAGAGAAGUGGAUGGAGUCUGAGGGGCGAGGCCAGGGGGACGUGCUGUUUGGAUACAAGAGAAUGGGAAAAGGGCGCUGCAGAUGGUUACUAUUCACUAUCGUGGACUGGUUGAGCGGCGUUUACGGGAGCGACAUUUGGUAGCAGUCAUGACUAAACAAAACCAAACAAAACAAACAAUUGCCAU